AUGCAUCUUGCUAACGCGGCCCUGCAGCACCUCUUCGUCCGUAAGAGCUUCCGGCCCUUUAAGUGCAGCCACUGUGGGAAGGCCUUCCGGGAGAAGGAGAAGCUGGACGUGCACGUGCGCGUGCACGGGCGCGAGGCCUCGGCCUUCUCCUGCCACAUCUGCAGCCAGGGCUUUAUCAGCGACGCGGCUCUGGAGGAGCACCUUCUGCUGCACGCAGAAACCCGGUCCUAUUCCUGCCUCCUCUGCCCAGAGAGCUUCGAGAGGCUGGAGGUGCUCAGGGAGCACGUGGAGGUGGUUCUGCUCCGUGUGGAGGUUUCUCCAGGUGGUUCUGCUCCAUGUGGAGGUUUCUCCAGGUCUGUGGGUGGGUUUUUUACCUGUGUGGAUCCCGGUGUGGUGCCUGAGGACUCGGACACCUGGAUGUGCUGCACCUGGAUGGAGUGCUGGCUGUAG